AUGGAGAACAAUUAUUCGACGUUGUCAAGAACCGCCGGCCGAACACGCAUUCCCGCCGGUCUCAAGGAAAUGAGUGUUGCCGGAACGAACUCGCGCUCAGGACUGCUGCUUCCUGGCUCGAUUGCCAACAAGACCUCGGCCGUUCCGCAACCCACUCGCGCGAGGAGUACCACGCAAGGCGCCGAAUCGAGUCGAUCCGGAGUUGCACCCUCGACGACAACACGUUCCGCAUCCGUCAUGGGCAAACCGCACGCCCGGGCGAAUUCCUACGCCUCCAACACAUUAGGUCGCUCCGCUUCCACCACCUCCCGAACGACGAAGAGUGCCUAUUCCUCCACGGUCGGACCCAAUGCGCGAUCAAACCCCGGCGCAUCUCGCCCGCACACGUCGAUGGCCACGACCCGAAGGCAGAAUGGCAAUGCGCUGCCCCGGCCGGCGACGUCACUGGAUACCCAUGAGGAAGAUUCAAGGAUCCUAGGGAAACGAAAGGGAGCCGAUUGGGACCGUGAAUCACGCGAGAAAUUGAUGGAUGAACACUUCACUAUGUUCAUGUCGCGGAUGAACCAGACGAGCCAGGAAAGCUUUGCCUACAAGGAAACCGUCGAGCUGUACAAAUCGAGAGUAAACGAGUUAGAAGAAUCUCGAAAAGAGCUUACCGAAGCGAAAGUCUCGCUGCGCGUCGAGAUCGAAUCAUUGAAGAGUCAACUAGCAACGGCCGAUGGAGCCCUUCGGGACGCCCAAAGAGACUACGAGAUCACGGUGGAUGAGAUGGACAACCGGAGACGUGCUGAAGUAGAGGCCGCCAAGCAGGACAAUAAGAAGGAAAUGGACGCCUUGGUCACGCAACAUCUGAAUGAGAUGCAGGAAUUGCAGCGACGGUUCGAGCGCGAGCUAGACGAAGAGAGAUCCGCGCGCAUGCGGGAUAUCAGCCAGCUGAAUUCUCAGACAGCAAUGGACACAAAACGGGCCCAGAUUGAACUGGAGCGCAAAGAACGCGAAUCAGCAGCACUGCACACCGACAUUCAGAACCUGCGACAUGAACUGGACCGGGAACGAAAGAGCACCCAGGAUCUCCGCCAUAAUCUCGACACUGCCAGCACUAAUGGGGUGACUAUGGAGUCGUCCAUCCGCGCGCUCAAGGCACGAAUUGAGUUCCUAGAAGGGGGUAGGGAGGAGCAGUCCGAAGCCUUUGAACGACUGAACCAGCAAAUGAUGGAUGCGCUGGAUGAAACCAAUGCGACCAAAGAGAAGCUCCGAAAGGAGGAGACCCUGCGCCGGAAGCUGCACAACCAGGUUCAAGAGCUCAAGGGUAACAUUCGGGUCUUCUGUCGUGUCCGUCCGUCGUUGAACGACGAACGCGUUACGGACGUCGCUCAAAUCCAGUACCCCGACGACACGGGCGACAGCAAGGAGAUCUGCGUCAUGGGCCCGGAAGAGAAAAGCAGCCUCGGAACGGUAUCACGGAAGAACAACAACUUCGCCUUCGAUCGGGUAUUCGGACCCGCCGCUCAGAACGCGGAAGUUUUUGACGAGAUCAGUCAGCUUGUGCAGAGCGCACUCGACGGAUACAACGUUUGCAUUUUCUGUUAUGGUCAGACCGGUAGUGGUAAGACCCAUACCAUGUCCUCGCUGGACGGUAUGAUCCCUCGGGCUGUCCACCAGAUCUACGAAACCGCCACGGGUCUGGAAGAGAAGGGAUGGCGAUACACGAUGGAGGGCAAUUUCGUCGAAGUCUACAACGAGAACCUGAAUGAUUUGCUGGGCAAGGCGGAAGAGCUCGACAAGAAGAAGCACGAAAUCCGACAUGAUAUGCAGCGGGGCAAGACGAUGAUCACCGAUAUUACGACCGUCCGACUUGACUCACCGGAAAUGGUCGAGACCAUCCUGAAGCGGGCUGCGUCUAACCGAUCUGUCGCAGCCACCAAGGCCAACGAGAGAUCGUCUCGAUCGCACUCGGUCUUCAUUCUCAAGCUCAUCGGCGAGAACUACAUCACCGGUGAGCGCAGCGAAGGCACGCUCAACCUGGUGGAUCUGGCGGGUAGCGAACGACUCAGUCAGAGUGGAGCUACUGGCGAGAGACUGCGGGAGACGCAGAACAUCAACCGCAGUUUGAGCUGCCUGGGAGAUGUUAUUGCGGCUCUGGGACAGGGCAAGGAGGGCGGACAUAUUCCGUAUCGCAACAGCAAGCUUACAUACCUUCUGCAAUUCUCCCUCGGGGGCAACUCCAAAACACUGAUGUUCGUGAUGGUCAGCCCUCUGCAGGCGCAUCUCUCCGAGUCUUUGACUAGCUUGAAGUUCGCCACGAAGGUGCACAACACCCACAUCGGGACAGCCAAGCGACAGGCGCGCGUUCGUGAUUCUUAA